AUGUCAAAUAAAAAGCAAUAUGGCUUAAUUUUAUCGGAAAAAGCCAAACCUCAGCUAACUUUUCAAGCUUCACGUAAUGUUUUUGGAAAUGAUUCUGAUUCGGACGACGAAUCAAAGAAAAAGGCGAUACCUCUACAACAAAGUGAUAAUUCAAGAAGACAGGCAAAAAAAACGCAGGAGAAGGUUGCAUUAGAAGAUCCAACUGUUUAUCAAUAUGACGAAAUUUAUGAUACCAUAGUAACACAAAAGGAAAGUAAAAAAGUAAAAAGUAAAGAAGAGAAAAAACCCAAAUAUAUUGAAAAUCUUUUAAAAACAGCAAACAAAAGAAAAAUUGAAAAUGAACGAAGGAUUGAGAGACAGAUACAAAAGGAAAGAGAACAGGAAGGUGAAGAAUUUGCAGAUAAGGAAGUAUUUGUAACAUCAGCAUACAAAAAGAAGUUAGAGGAAUUACGUUUAGAAGAGGAAAAGGAAAAAUAUGAAGAAUAUUUAGAAAAAAUAGGAGAUGUAACGAAGCAACGGGACUUAGGAGGAUUUUAUCGUCAUCUCUAUGAACAAAAAUUGGGGUCUGAUAAGCUAGUAAAUGAAAACGUAAAUGACAGUCAAAAAGAAAAUGAAACUUGUGGCACUGAAGUGAAGCAGAUAGAAGUGAGCACAGAUGGCAAGACAAAUUCUAGGAAACGGAAUUAUAGAAAACGGCAAUCAUCCUGCGAUAUGAAUGUCUCAGGAGAAAUCAAAAAUUCCGAUGAUGAAAUAAAUACUGUUACAUACAGUAAAAAGAGGACUAAGCAAACUGAGGAAAAUAUUGAUGCAGAUUCAGACUUUUCAAUUGAUGAUUCUAGUGAUGAUGAACAAAAACCGAACACGGUAGACCCUGAAACAACACCUGAAUUCAAAAAACCGGAAUUAAUUUCAAAGAAUGAGGAUCCAGUAGUGGAAGUGCCUAAAACUAUUAUUAAAGAGGUGAAACCUAAAGUCGACAUAUGGAAAAAGAGAACCGUAGGUGAAGUAUUGGAAAAUGCAUUAAAACGGUUCUAUGAAAGAAAAGCAGCAAGAGGUUCAUGA